CCCAUCCUCAGCCCCAGCCGUGCUCGGCGGCCGCGGCUGCCAGAGGGAGACGAGAGGCACCUCCCUGGAGCGGAGAAACCAGUUUGGCCGGUCCCACGGAGCGGAGGGAAAAGGGCGGCCCUAGUGGAAGGGAGCUCGGACUCGGGGCGGGGAAGGUGGGGAGCCAUUGGCGCAACACCGGAGCCGAAGGAGCAGCCGCCAACUGGACACGCUGCCCGGGGCUCCCAGCCAGCCCCGGUGCGCCAUGAGGCGCUAGCGCCGCGGCCAGCGCUGGGGCCCGGCGGACGGGAGGCAGCUGAGACAACCAGGUGCACCGAGAGAGCUCGGAGCGGGGCGCACCCGGCGGAUGCCCCAGCCGGGGCCCAGCGAGCACCAGGUGCUUCCAUUUUGCCAGCAGAAUGAGUACAGAAAGGGAUUCAGAAACAACAUUUGAGGAGGAUUCACAGCCCAAUGAUGAAGUGGUUCCCUACAGCGACGAUGAAACAGAGGAUGAACUUGAAGACCACGGGCCUGCCCUUGAGCCAGAACAGAAUCGAAUCAACAAAGAAGCUGAGGAAAUACGGGACACGAUCAAAAAAGAUUGCACAUGGCAGGUCAAAGCAAACGAUCGACAGUUCCACGAACAACCUCAGUUUAUGAACACUAAGUUCUUUUGUAUCAAGGAGAGCAAAUAUGCGAAUAAUGCAAUCAAAACAUAUAAGUACAAUGCAUUGACCUUCCUACCAAUGAAUUUGCUUGAGCAGUUUAAGAGAGCAGCCAAUUUCUAUUUCCUCAUCCUUCUUAUCUUACAGGCAAUUCCUCAAAUCUCUACUCUGGCAUGGUACACUACACUCUUACCCCUGCUUCUGGUACUGGGCAUCACUGCGAUCAAAGACCUGGUAGAUGAUGUGGCUCGCCAUAAAAUGGAUAAGGAAAUCAAUAAUCGGACAUGUGAAGUCAUUAAGGAUAACAGGUUCAAAGUUACCAAGUGGAAAGAUAUUCAAGUUGGAGACGUCAUCCGUCUGAGAAAGAAUGAUUUUGUUCCCGCUGAUGUCCUACUGCUGUCCAGCUCUGAGCCCAACAGCCUCUGCUACGUGGAAACGGCGGCACUGGAUGGGGAAACCAAUUUAAAGUUCAAAAUGGCCCUUGAAAUCACAGACCAGCAUCUCCAAAGAGAAGAUACACUGGCAAGGUUUGAUGGUUUUAUUGAAUGUGAAGAGCCCAAUAACCGAUUGGAUAAGUUCACGGGAACACUCUUCUGGAGGAACUCCAGCUUUCCUUUGGAUGCUGAUAAAAUCCUGUUGCGUGGCUGCAUCAUCAGGAACACGGAUGUCUGCCAUGGAUUAGUCAUCUUUGCAGGUGCUGACACCAAGAUAAUGAAGAAUAGUGGGAAAACCAGAUUUAAAAGAACUAAAAUUGAUUACCUGAUGAACUACAUGGUUUACACGAUCUUUGUUGUUCUUAUCCUGCUUUCUGCUGGUCUGGCUAUUGGCCACGCUUAUUGGGAAGCGCAAAUCGGCAAUUAUUCCUGGUACCUGUACGAUGGCGAAAAUGCUACCCCCUCCUACCGCGGCUUCCUGAAUUUCUGGGGCUACAUCAUUGUGCUGAACACCAUGGUACCCAUCUCCCUGUACGUCAGUGUGGAAAUAAUUCGUCUUGGCCAGAGUCACUUCAUCAACUGGGACCUGCAGAUGUACUACUCUGAGAAGGACACCCCGGCCAAGGCCAGAACCACCACACUCAAUGAGCAGCUGGGGCAGAUCCACUACAUCUUCUCCGACAAGACAGGGACACUCACACAGAACAUCAUGACCUUUAAGAAGUGCUGCAUCAAUGGGCAAAUUUACGGAGACCAUCGAGAUGCUUCUCGGCACAGUCACAGCAAGAUUGAGCAAGUUGAUUUUAGCUGGAAUACAUACGCUGAUGAGAAGUUUGUAUUUUAUGACCAUUAUCUUAUUGAGCAAAUCCACUCGGGCAAAGAGCCAGAAGUGCGACAGUUCUUCUUCUUGCUUGCGGUGUGCCACACGGUCAUGGUGGACAGAACUGAUGGUCAGCUCAACUACCAGGCAGCCUCUCCUGACGAAGGUGCCCUGGUCAACGCUGCCAGGAACUUUGGCUUUACCUUCCUCGCCAGGACACAGAACACGAUCACCAUCAGCGAGCUGGGCACCGAAAGGACCUACAAUGUCCUUGCCAUUCUGGACUUCAACAGUGACCGGAAGCGGAUGUCUGUAAUUAUAAGAACCCCAGAAGGCAGCAUCAGGCUUUAUUGCAAAGGAGCAGACACUGUAAUUUAUGAACGGUUACACCGCGUGAACCCCACCAAGCAGGAGACGCAGGACUCCCUGGAUAUCUUUGCAAGUGAAACUCUUAGAACACUAUGCCUUUGCUACAAGGAAAUUGAGGAAAAGGAAUUUGCAGAAUGGAAUAAAAAGUUUAUGGCUGCCAGUGUGGCCUCAGCCAACAGGGAUGAAGCUCUGGAUAAAGUCUACGAGGAGAUUGAAAAGGACUUAAUUCUUUUGGGAGCCACAGCGAUUGAAGAUAAGCUGCAGGAUGGAGUCCCCGAGACCAUCUCAAAACUGGCAAAAGCUGACAUUAAGAUCUGGGUGCUGACUGGGGACAAGAAGGAAACUGCUGAAAAUAUAGGAUUUGCUUGUGAGCUGCUGACUGAGGAGACUACCAUCUGCUAUGGGGAAGACAUCAACUCUCUCCUACACACAAGGAUGGAAAACCAGAGGAACAGAGGUGGAGUCUACGCAAAAUUUGCCCCUCCUGUGCCUGAGCCUUUCUUCCCUCCUGGUGGAAACCGGGCCCUGAUCAUCACUGGCUCUUGGUUGAAUGAAAUUCUCCUGGAAAAAAAGACCAAGAAAACUAACAUUUUGAAGCUCAAGUUCCCAAAGACAGAAGAAGAGAGACGGAUACGGACCCAGAGUAAGAGAAGGCUCGAGGCGAAGAAAGAACAGAGGCAGAAGAAUUUUGUGGACCUGGCCUGUGAGUGUAGCGCUGUCAUCUGCUGCCGCGUCACCCCCAAGCAGAAGGCCAUGGUAGUGGACUUGGUGAAGAGGUACAAGAAGGCCAUCACGCUGGCCAUUGGAGAUGGAGCCAACGACGUGAACAUGAUUAAGACUGCCCACAUUGGUGUCGGAAUAAGCGGACAAGAAGGAAUGCAAGCAGUCAUGUCGAGCGACUAUUCCUUUGCUCAGUUCAGAUAUCUGCAGAGACUGCUGCUGGUCCACGGCCGCUGGUCCUACAUCAGGAUGUGCAAGUUCCUGCGAUACUUCUUUUACAAAAACUUUGCCUUUACUUUGGUUCACUUCUGGUACUCCUUCUUCAAUGGCUACUCCGCACAGACCGCAUACGAGGACUGGUUCAUCACCCUCUACAACGUGCUCUACUCCAGCCUGCCGGUGCUCCUCAUGGGGCUGCUCGACCAGGACGUGAGUGACAAGCUGAGCCUCCGGUUUCCCGGGCUGUACGUCGUGGGACAGAGAGACUUGCUCUUCAACUAUAAGCGGUUCUUCGUGAGCUUGCUGCACGGGGUCCUCACGUCCAUGGUGCUCUUCUUCAUCCCGCUGGGGGCCUACCUGCAGACUGUGGGACAGGAUGGAGAGGCGCCCUCCGACUACCAGUCUUUUGCUGUCACAGUUGCCACCGCGCUCAUCAUAACAGUCAAUUUCCAGAUUGGUUUGGACACUUCUUACUGGACCUUUGUGAAUGCCUUUUCCAUUUUUGGAAGCAUUGCUCUUUAUUUUGGCAUCAUGUUUGACUUUCAUAGUGCGGGAAUACAUGUUCUCUUUCCAUCAGCAUUUCAAUUUACAGGCACCGCUUCCAAUGCUCUGAGACAACCCUACAUCUGGCUGACCAUCAUACUGACGGUGGCCGUGUGCCUGCUGCCUGUCGUUGCCAUACGUUUCUUGUCAAUGACCAUUUGGCCUUCAGAAAGUGAUAAGAUCCAGAAGCACCGCAAGCGGUUGAAAGCUGAGGAGCAGUGGCAGCGGCGCCAAAACGUGUUCCGCAGGGGCGCGUCGUCCCGGCGCUCGGCCUACGCCUUCUCGCACCAGCGCGGCUACGCCGACCUCAUCUCCUCCGGCCGCAGUAUCCGCAAGAAACGCGCGCCGCUAGACGCCAUCAUCGCCGAUGGCACUGCCGAGUACCGGCGCACCGUGGAGAGUUGAGGCACCACAGGAAGAAGUCUGUUUUUAUGAAAGACUGUCAGGAUGUUUUAUAAGAGUAUCACAGAUGGCCACGGUGGGAAGAUGCUUGGCACUAUUUCUGAGUCCUUGGGUUGGAGAGCGCCAGUGUCAGCCCAAACUAAGGUCCCUGCCACCUGCGUGGAAGACCUGGAUGGAGUCCCUGCCCCGCCCUGGGUCUUUGGAGGGUGAGCCCAGGAGUUGGGACCUCAACCUUUUAAAACAACAAAAAAAAGACACCAGCUGUUUGCGUUGGGCCGUUACUAAUCAGUAGCAAAGCCAAGACUACAUUUUUGAAAGCCCUAAAUUAUUUAACUCAUUGUGUUCAUUAUGAUUCAAAGGGAACAUUUUAAUCCAGUCACAACUGCAUUGUAAAAUUAGAUUUUCCUGUCAUCUUUAGCACGUUCUCCACAAGCUUUGCCUUCCCUGCCUGUAAGCCACCUUAUU